AUGUCCCGUCCCAAUUUCUCGGCCAUCGGCGUGGCCAUCACCCACACCAUGGCCUACUUCCGCGACAAGGUCGGCACCUUGGCCAGUGGUCAUGCCUCCGCCCUCGCAAAGCCAGUCAUCCUGUCGCUGCUCUCCCGCAUCCACAUCGGCACCCUGACCCUCAUCGAUGAGACCAGCGGCGAGUGCCACGUCUUUGGCCAACCCUAUCCGCCGACCGGCAACCCCCCCUGCGUCGUCACCCUCACGAUCCACUCGCCGCAGUUCUACCUCCGUGUACUGCUCCACUCAGACAUGGGCUUCGCGGCGGCCUACAUGCUCCACCAAGUCUCGUGCUCAGACUUGACGGCCUUCUUCCGGUUGUUCAUCCUCAACCGCGACGCCCUUAACAACGGAUUCGUCAUCAACAGCAGCACAGGCUCUGCUCAAAGCUUACCCACAACCGCCGCAGUAGGAAACAAAAACACCAUGGAAGGCGCCGCAGUCAACAUCGCCGCGCACUACGACUUAGGCAACGAUAUUUUCGCCGCCUUUCUCUCGCCCGACAUGACCUAUUCGUGUCCCAUUUGGGAAACCGUCCAAGGCCCCCCACCUGGACAGGACUCUGCUGGCGAUGGUGAGUCGCUGGAAUCGGCACAGCUGCGCAAACUGCAUCACAUCAUCUCGGCGGCGCGCAUCAAAUCCUCUGACCACGUUCUCGAGAUUGGCACCGGCUGGGGCUCGUUCGCUAUCGAGGCGGUCAAGACGACUGGUUGUCGGGUGACGACGCUUACGCUAUCCCGGCAGCAGAAGCGUUUUGCGGAGGAGAGGGUUGCCAGGGAAGGGUUGGCUGACAGGGUCAAAGUGUUGUUGAUGGACUACCGGGAUGAGGCGCUGCCAGUGCCCGAGGGCGGAUUUGACAAGGUUGUGUCGAUUGAGAUGUUGGAGGCGGUCGGGAGGGAGUUCCUGGGGACGUACUUUGCCCGGGUGGACAAGGUGCUGAAGAGGGAUGGAGGGAUUGCGGUGUUCCAGUGUAUCACGAUGCCAGAGGGGAGGCAUGCGGCGUAUGAGAAGAGGAAGGACUUCAUCAACUACUGCAUUUUUCCCGGCGGCUAUCUUCCGUCCAUUACCCAGCUGCUUAACCACAUUGCGGCCGAGUCCCAAGGCACGUUCAUUGUGGAGAAGGUCGAGAAUGUUGGGGCCCACUACGUCCGGACCCUGCGGCUGUGGAGGGAGAAGUUCCUCGCCAACUUUGAGGACAAGAUCUGUCCGGCUCUCUUGAAGAAGCAUACCAAUGUGCAAGAGGCAGACGUGAAGGUGUUUCGGAGGAAGUGGCAGUACUACUUUGCCUACUGCGAGGCCGGUUUCCUGACCAAGGUUCUUGGAGACGUCAUCAUCAGCGUUGGUAGAGAGGGCGCUAUGGACCUGAUGGAAGGCAUUCCGCUCUAA